AUGGUGGCGGUUCAGCGUACCACCAUUGAAGCGGUGAGCGCUGUAAGACCUCUUAAGAUUAUUUCGCUUUUAUGCCUCCUGAUAGCCAUUGGAUUAUCAAUUGUCUCACUGUGCUCAACCUCAUGGCUCAAAUCAGGAUCGUUCCGAACAGGUCUCUUCAAAGAAUGCACAUCAUCAAACGAGCCAACUCAUGCUCCGCCCUUCAGUGGUGCUCCAGCUCCUGGAAAAUGUCAUAAGCCAUCGAGAAAUUCGGGUUUUCUGACGGCAGCCGCUGUUCUUCUUCUCGUCGCAUUAUUCGCAACAGCACUCGCUGUGAUAUUCAACGUCAUCGGUCUUAGCAAAUCAGACAUUCGCGGAAAGUACCGAUGGUACCGAAUCGCCACAAUGAUCUCGGCAUUCUCUGUUCUUCUCGAACUCGUCGCCCUUAUCAUGUUCCCCGUGGCAUUCUACGUGAAAAUGGAUGAAUACGGCUCACGGCGAAAUUGGGAAGUCGAUUGGUCUUAUGGAAUCGCGUGGGGAGCGACGCUGUUCACUCUCGGAGCAUCCAUCAUGCUCAUUUGCGACAAGGAGCAUGAAGAGAUUAAUGUGGGCAUCGCAGCCGCUGAAAAUCAGGAGCCCGACGUGAUCGGAUGGCCACAAAGCGGUGGCGCUGUAAAUCUCGCUAUUCGACGCCUUCGUGAAGAAGGCUACAUCGAGGAUUUCGAUUUCGAGUUCACCGUCAAAUAUACCGAAUGCGAUCGCGCGUUGGCCGCCGAAAUCGGCAUCGAGUUUUUUCGCGACGAAAAAAUGGACGUCGUCGUUUCUGCGCCGUGCGCCGACCCGCUCGAUGUGAUAGGUUCAAUGUCGACCUACUACAAAAUUCCGUCGCUCGCAUGGGGAAUGGUGACGAGCUCGCGUUUCGCCGACGGCCUUCGAUAUCCAUAUUUAAGCAAUAUCAUGCCAAGCUCGUUAUCGCUCGGCUACACGGUGGCAAAGUUUCUCGAAAUGAUGGAAUGGAGUAGAGUUGCCCUGUAUUAUGAUGAAAGUGACACCGAUUAUACGAAAAAUAUUAUUGAAGAUGUUGAAAGCGCUUUGAAUGAUUAUUCAUACACGUUCAAUGUGAUCCUGAAGCAACCACUACCUAGUAUUAAAAAUAUCGAUGAAACCGAGUACACGAGAGCGUUGACCAGGGCGAAAAGUCGCGCAAGAAUAAUUAUUUCGUCCAUCUCAACAUCAACGGCGCGUCGGGUUUAUUUGCGAAAAAUUCACGAACUUGGAAUGGACAAUAGCGAGUAUGUUCAUUUGAUGAUCUCGGUGCGAAGUAUCGGAUUUGGAAAACAGAAACGCGGGAAAACGAAAUGUGAGUUAAAUUGCUUGUCAACCGGAUUAUCGCCAUUUUGGGAAGCUGAUGACAAUGAAAAUGAUGGAUUGAAUGACGAGCUUCGAAAUUCGGCCACAAGGGUCCUCGUGUUUGAUCUCUCCACCGAUGUCAUGGACACUUCAUACCUUGAAGAGUUUUCUGCUACCGUCACCACCGAAGUCACUAAACCCCCAAUCAACUGCACCACUGAUGCGUGUGUCAAAGCGCUUAACUAUCAGCCGUCAACGUUUUGCCGAAGUCUUCACGACUUGAUUUACAUGUAUGGAAUGGCGCUGACGGCUUUGUAUCGGACCGAACCGGACGCUAUUCAAGACCCGCUGAAAAUUAUUACAGCGAUGCAGGGGACGUUUCAAGGUCUCACUGGUGAGGUGACAAUCAAUUUGAACAAUACACGAGUUCCCAAGUUCAUGCUCUACGCGCUCAACAAAAACUACGAUCAAUCUUCGUUCAUGAAUCUGACGUAUAACGGCGGAGCCGCGAGCGCUUCUGCCGCUUACACCGACGAAUCGCAAUUGUGGUUCUGGUAUGGCGGAAAGCGACCAUUGGCGGUGCCGAUUUGCGGUUUUCACGGCAAUUUGUGCCCACAAACAUUUGUGGCUCAAUAUGGCGCGCUUGUGUUCUCAAUUUCCGGCGUUCUCGCCGCCUGCCUAAUAUUCCUAAUUUGCCUGUUUUUCUUCACAAUGAGGCAGAGAAAACUUGAGCAAGACCGAAUUAAUUCCGAAUGGCAAAUUCCUCACGCAAAAUUGCAAAAGCCACCCAAGAAAGACAAAGAGAAACAGAGUAAACGUUCCCUUCAAUCAGGUCCUUCGACCAUCACCGAGAAUAGUAAAUUCACGUUCGACAGCGAAUUCAGUAACUAUACGGUUUAUUAUUUGGACAAGGAGCCGGUUUUGGCGACGAAACAUCCGGCGACAACGCUCGUCAAAUCCGAUUACGAUCAAUUCGUCAAAAUGAGAAAGUUGUAUCAUGAUAAUGUGAACAAAUUUAUUGGAUUGUCGAUCGACGGGCCCGAUUAUGUGGCUAUUUGGAAAAUGUGCAUGCGCGGGAGUUUGCAGGACAUUAUUCUGCAAGGCAACUUCUCAAUGGACCCAUUUUUCAUGUUCUGCAUUGUCAGAGAUAUUGCAGAGGGUCUUAAAUAUUUGCACCAAAGUUUUUUACACAGUCACGCCAAUUUGAGAUCGGCAACUUGUUUGGUGAACGAGAGUUGGCAGGUGAAAUUGACCGACUACGGUCUCGGUUUUCUCAUGGAAGAAAGCAAGCCGUCGAAAAAACGACAAUUGUGGAUGGCGCCAGAAGUCCUACGCGGUGGUCUUUUACAGCAACAAAUUGAGAAGCCGGCCGACAUCUACUCGUUCGCAAUAAUCGCUUCGGAAAUUCUUACACGGAAACCGGCGUGGAAUAUACAGGAGCGGAAGGAAAGCGUUGACGAGUUGAUCUAUCUCAUCAAAAAGGGGGGCCAUUCCCCGAUAAGGCCUGAAUUGGAUUUAGACGGGGUUGAAGUCAGCAAUAGUUUGCUUCUAUUGGUGGCCGAUUGCUGGAACGAGGAGCCGGCAGAUCGGCCAACGGCAGAUCAGAUUUGCGCGAUUUUAAAGGGAAUGAUGCCCAGUAAAAACACAAAUCUAAUGGACCAUGUGUUCAAUAUGCUUGAGGAGUACACAACAACACUUGAGCUCGAAGUUGAUGAGCGCACAAAAGAGCUAUCCGCCGAGAAGAAGAAGGCCGAUGUGCUGCUGGGAAGAAUGUUGCCAAAACAAGUCGCCGAUCGCUUGAAGGCCGGACAAACAGUGGAACCCGAAGGCUUCGAUUCGGUCACCGUCUUCUUCUCAGAUGUCGUCAAGUUCACACAAUUAGCUGCAAAAUGCUCUCCAUUUCAGGUCGUUAAUCUUCUAAACGAUCUUUAUAGCAAUUUCGAUUCGAUUAUCGAGGAGCACGGCGUUUAUAAAGUCGAAUCAAUCGGGGACGGUUAUCUAUGUGUUUCCGGAUUACCUAUUAGGAAUGGUUUCGCGCACAUCAAACAAAUUGUUGAAAUGUCCUUGGCAUUUAUGAAUUAUGUAUCCACGUUUAAAAUUGCUCACCUUCCACGAGAAAAGGUUGAAUUGCGGAUCGGAUUGAACAGCGGACCUUGCGUGGCCGGCGUCGUCGGCUUGAGUAUGCCUAGAUACUGCUUAUUCGGUGAUACUGUGAAUACAGCGUCGAGAAUGGAAAGCAAUGGAAGACCUUCUCAUAUUCAUUGCUCAGCGACUGCUCAUAACUUAUUAGUAACACAUUAUCCAAAUCAGUAUGAAACCCAAUCCCGUGGCGAUGUGAUCAUUAAAGGGAAAGGUGUAAUGGAGACAUUCUGGGUACAUGGAAGAACUGGCGCUUAUGUGCCCGAGGAGAGAGAGAAGAUUCUGAAGACGCCGCCAAUGGUGGAGGUUGGUGAGAAUUUUAAAGUGGCGCAACUGAAAUGCGCGGUCAAAUACAAGGCGCACGCCAUGCUUCCCGGCUCGCCACAGCACUGGUGGAGCCCAGAAGAGUUGGCCGACACCUUCAAAAUCAAAACCGAAGUUCGAAACCGGAAAUUUGCGCCAGAAUCACCAUCAUCUUCAAAACGUUCAGUCAGUCCGAUAGUGGAAGCAAUGGAAGAGAAAUCCGAUGCGCUUUAUAGGCAAUUCCGAAGAAAAGAAACGCUCGCCGUUUAG